GCCUGUGAAAGAUCUCACUUGUUCAAAAGUCCAAGUGUGAAUUACUGUCUCACAGAUAAACCAAAGUAUUUUGAAAAACAAAGGGGAGAAAAGAAAUUACUCCCCAGAACUCUCAGGCAUCUAGAGGACACCGAAGAACUUGGGAGUCAGCUGCUUCUUGUGUGCAGCCAUGAAGUCUGUGCACUCCAGUCCCCAGAACACAAGUCAUACCAUCAUGACGUUUUACCCAACCAUGGAAGAAUUUACAGAUUUCAACAAAUAUGUUGCUUACAUGGAGUCCCAAGGCGCACAUCAAGCUGGCCUUGCCAAGGUAAUUCCACCCAAGGAAUGGAAAGCCAGACAGAUGUAUGAUGAUAUCGAAGACAUCUUAAUAGCCACUCCCCUCCAGCAGGUGACCUCUGGGCAGGGAGGUGUGUUUACUCAAUACCAUAAAAAGAAGAAAGCCAUGAGGGUGGGGCAGUAUCGCCGCUUGGCAAACAGUAAAAAAUAUCAGACUCCACCACACCAGAAUUUUGCAGAUUUGGAGCAACAAUACUGGAAGAGCCAUCCCGGUAAUCCACCAAUUUAUGGUGCUGAUAUCAGCAGCUCCUUAUUUGAAGAAAGCACUAAACAAUGGAACCUAGGACACCUGGGAACAAUUCUGGACCUGUUGGAGCAGGAAUGUGGGGUUGUCAUCGAGGGUGUCAACACACCCUACCUGUACUUUGGCAUGUGGAAGACCACGUUUGCUUGGCACACGGAGGACAUGGACCUUUACAGCAUCAACUACCUGCACUUUGGGGAGCCCAAAACUUGGUACGUGGUGCCCCCAGAACAUGGUCAGCGCCUGGAAUGCCUGGCCAGGGAGCUCUUCCCGGACAUUUCUCGGGGCUGUGAGGCCUUCCUGCGGCACAAGGUGGCCCUCAUCUCGCCUACAGUUCUCAAGGAAAAUGGGAUUCCCUUCAAUCGCAUGACUCAGGAGGCUGGAGAGUUCAUGGUGACCUUUCCCUAUGGCUACCAUGCUGGCUUCAAUCACGGCUUCAACUGCGCAGAAGCCAUUAAUUUUGCCACUCCACGAUGGAUUGAUUAUGGCAAAAUGGCCUCUCAGUGUAGCUGUGGGGAGUCGACAGUGACCUUUUCCAUGGACCCCUUUGUGCGCAUCGUGCAACCCGAGAGUUAUGAGCUCUGGAAACACAGGCAAGACUUGGCCAUUGUGGAUCACACAGAGCCCAGGGUUGCAGAAAGCCAAGAGCUGAGCAACUGGAGAGAUGAUAUAGUACUUAGAAGAGCUGCUCUGGGCCUGAGGCUUCUCCCAAACCUCACAGCCCAAUGUCCCACACAGCCUGUGUCCCCAAGGCACUGUUACAACCCAAAAGGCUGUGGCACUGAUGCUGUGCCUGGAUCCGCAUUCCAAAGCUCUGCAUAUCAUACCCAGACCCAGUCACUUACUCUGGGGAUGUCAGCCAGGGUUCUUCUCCCUUCCACUGGAAGCUGGGGUUCUGGUCGUGGUCGUGGUCGUGGUCGCGGUCAAGGUCGAGGUCGAGGUUGCAGUCGUGGUCGUGGUCAUGGUUGUUGUACUCGAGAACUGGGGACUGAGGAGCCAACUGUUCAGCCUGCAUCCAAGAGGCGCCUUUUAAUGGGUACAAGGAGUAGAGCUCAAGGCCACAGGCCUCAGCUCCCGCUUGCCAAUGAUUUGAUGACAAAUCUGUCCCUUUGAGUGGUGGCCUUCCGCAUCUUGCCAAGGCUUCUGGCUGCUGCUGUGUCCCUGAUCUUCAACUCCUGGGGCCCCCACUGGAUCGUGAUGAAACCAUGCACCCUGGCCCGUGCCUGCUAUCCCUCAACAGCACUACUAGUAAUCUCCCUGAUGUUGU